GACCAAUUCAACGAUACAAGACAAUGCACGUGAACACGCGUAAGCGACAUGACUAUGACCUACACCCAUAACGAUGGGGAAAUAAUCACACGCGAUAUUAUUACCAUUCGGCCAUCCCUCCUACCGCAUAGCUACUUAUACGAUUGCCGGCACGCAUUAGGACCAACUCUAUGCGAUAAAUCUGAACAGUUGUUUGUUGUGAACACAUUUGCAAACAUCAAAUUGUAGUUGUGCGCUUGGCCGCCAUACGUGAUUUUCGAGGAACAGAUUUUUUCGAAGAUUUCAAUCCUAGAAAUUUUGGUUUCAUCGCGAGUUUACACGAAAGCUAAAUCUAACUGCCGGCAAAGUUCAUGGACUUCUGUUUAAUGCCCAUCGACAACACGCUAAAGCACGCUAACGGUCGACUGAUAAUUUUUUGUCUUUGAAAAUUUAUGUUAAAAUGGUUAUUACGAAUAUGUGCAGUGCUGAAAGUAUAGUUGGGUCCAAGUUAUUUUUACCUGGCAUCGUUAAGGCGCAAGAAAAAAGUAAACCGUUAUUAAAAAACGACACUGUACAAUCUCAAAAACCGAAAAAAGGCAGCUCUUACAGACAAAUACUUGUAGCCCUGUCUGCUAAUUUUGGUACUAUUAACAUAGGAUUAGUUUUUGGUUACCCUGCAGUAAGUUUACCGCAACUUCAAUCGCCAACCUCUCGUAUAUUUAUCAACAAAAUUCAAGCUUCAUGGAUAGCGAGUGUUUCACUAAUUGGAACUCCUUGUGGAAGCAUUUUAAGUGGUUACCUCACAGAUAAUCUUGGUCGCAAAAAAACAUUAAUUGCCACUCAAUUACCAGCAAUUAUUGGAUGGUUAAUGGUAGGUUGCGCUACAUCGGUAGAAUGGAUAUACAUUGGCAGAUUUUUAGUUGGACUCGGAUCUGGUAUGAUGGGUGCUCCUUCAAGAGUAUAUACAGCUGAAGUUUCACAACCUCAUCUCCGCGGUGUACUAGCAGGAUUUGCAUCAGUAGGAACCUCUUUAGGAGUCAUGUUGGAAUAUUUGGGUGGAUCAGUAUUGAAUUGGGAUACAUUGGCGAUCGUUAAUGCAUUAGUGCCAACAAUUUCACUGUGUGUCGAUUGUUUCAUCCCAGAAUCCCCAUCAUGGCUGAUAUCAUCGAAAAAUGACGAACAAAAAUGCAUGGCUAGCCUUAAGAGAGUUCGAGAUAGUGUGUGUGAUGUCGAAUCGGAAGUAAACAACUUGAUAGUAUCCUCGAAAAAUAAUACAGAACCAACACUUAAAGAAAAAUUGAAACUAAUGUGUAAGCCAGUUACUAUUAAACCAUUUGUAAUACUUUGUUUAUACUUUAUCAUAAAUCAAUACUCCGGAGUAAAUAUUGUUACCUCGUAUGCAGUUGACAUAAUUAAGGAUUCUGGAUCGACUAUCGAUAAGUACGGUGCUACAGUCAUUUUAGGUGUAAUUCGGUUAAUAUUUACAAUAAUAGGUUGUUCUCUGAUGAAAAAAUUUGGUCGUAAAACUCUUACCUACGUUUCAAGUGUCGGUUGUGGAAUAUCCAUGUUGUGUUUAGGGUCUUACAUGUUUCAACUUGACUCUUGGAAAUCACAAGGCAUGGAGUCACAGGCUACAUGGUUACCUAUCAUGACAUUAUAUACUUUUUAUGCUGCUUCGACUAUUGGAUAUUUAAUUGUACCAUGGGUUAUGAUCGGCGAAGUUUAUCCUAAUCAAAUUCGUGGAAUAAUUGGAGGGUUAACUACGUGUGUUGGUCACAUAACAAUAUUCAUCGUACUUCAAACGUACCCUCUAUUCCAAGAAUGGUUCACUAAGCCGGGAACGUUCUUAUUCUAUGGACUCGUGUCUAUUACUAGCACAGUAUUUUUUUAUUUUUUCCUACCAGAAACAAAAGGUAGAACAUUACAGGAAAUCGGAGAGUCGUUUGAGAAAAAAAAAACACCCAAAAUCGUAAAAAAUGUUAUAAUUCCUGACAUUGUUAAUAAUUUACCAAAAAAUUCAUCGAAUAAUUAUGUGAUUGUAUAAAUAAAAUAGUAACUUGUCUCCCAAACAGAAAAAAUUGACAUUAAAAGGAAAUUUUACUUUUGAUUAGUUCCUUCAAGUUUGACUAUUAUGUUGUAUUAUUUGACGUUAUUAUAUUAGAGAUUUAAUGAGUUAUAAAUAUGGCUAAAAGGUGAUGAUUUUCAAUCUAACAUAUGCUUUAAGUCAGUUAAAAUAUUUAAUUAUGACUUCAUCUUAAAUUUCUUAAGUAUAUACUUUUAUUAAAUCUAUUAGUAUUUAGACAUUUUAAAGACUGAUCACGCAAAUGACUUAUUUUAGCGUGUAAUAAUUUUUACUGAUUAAUUUUUGUGUAUUUAAAUAUGUUUAACUUUUAGAUUUUUUCUUAUUAUUUAAUUCUUCAAAUUUUACAUAAAAUCAUUUGAAAAUAUAAUUUUGUACACAAAAAAAUUGACCGUUGUAAAAUGAUUAAUUAUUAUUUGUAAUAUACUUAUUGUUAAUUUGUCAA